AUGCGUUCCCUUCUCCUCCUUUUCAAUGCCAAUCCACUCCCAUUCCUCUACAUUAUUCCCACCUCCAUCGAUCCCCUCCGUUCCUCCCGCAUCUUACUCCAGCCGGCGAACACCAUGCCUGAUUUCCAAAUCGAGACUCUUCUAAAUCUCAUCAACAGAAUCUUCUCAGCGUUUCUCACUUGCGCCUUCGCAUUAGGAGGAGCACUUAUCGGAAUAAUCACCGGCGCAAUCAAAGGGCAAACGACGGAAACGGGGCUACUUCGUGGAGCCGGUGUGGGUGCAGUCACUGGUGCGAUCACAGCGUUACAGAUCAUGGAUAUGAUGGCUAAUGGCGAACCAUUUUCGAAGGUAGCACUGCUGUGUAGUCUUCUAAAUGGGAAAGUGUUCGUUGAGUGGGAUUUUGAAAACGAAGAAGAAGGAAGAGAGCUACCAAGUUGCAGACAUGUAUUUCACUUGGAAUGCAUAGACGAAUGGCUUGUUAGACAGGGUUCUUGCCCCAUCUGUAGAAGGGACGUUUAA